AUGGAGGUGGCUGGUGGUAGCUGUAUUCGAUGGGUGGAUACUGUAUGGCUGGAUUUUUCUGCUGCUGUGGACUGGCCCAUUGUGGAGAUUGCUCUCCUGGACGUGCUCCGUCUCCACGUCUCCGAUAUCCUGGAACUCGAGAAGUUAUCGCCUACCCGUGUUGCGGUGUCGUUUGCCACGUCACAUGUUUACCAGGAGCACCUCACCAAACUGUUCGACAGCAUCGCAUCUCUCAAGUUUGUUGAGGAGACAUCGACCGACGCCUCCACCGCUGAGGGCAUGACAGCCAAAGAUGGUGAAUACGUCCAGUUCUCCAGCAUCACCAAAUGCUCCGGACCCGUGGAGAAGUGGUUGAUGAGCGUGCUGGAAGUAAUGCGUGCUACGGUGAGGUCCAGGAUGACAGACGCUGUCGCUGCAUACGAGGACCGCCCCAGAGACCAGUGGGUGGGAGACUACCCUGCCCAGGUGGCACUGACGGGGACUCAGAUAUACUGGACAGUGGAGGUGAGCGCGGCGUUCUCCCGCCUGGAGGAGGGGUACGAGAACGCCCUCAGGGACUACUACAGGAAGCAGGUACAGCAGCUGAACGCCCUCAUCUCCCUGCUGCUGGGGGAACUAACGAGGCAGCAACGGCAGAAGAUCAUGACCAUUUGCACCAUAGAUGUGCAUGCGCGCGACGUGGUGGGCCGACUCAUCAGUGGCCGCGUGGAGAGUGCGGCCGAGUUUGCCUGGCAGUCCCAGCUGCGGCACAGAUGGGACGAGCAAGAGGCCGACUGCUUUGUUGACAUUUGCGACGCUCGGAUGAAGUACGACCACGAGUACUUGGGCAACACUACUCGCCUGGUUAUUACUCCUCUCACCGACCGCUGCUACAUCACCCUCACACAGUCGCUGCACCUGGUGAUGGGCGGGGCUCCCUCCGGACCAGCCGGCACAGGCAAGACUGAGACCACCAAGGACCUGGGACGUGCCCUGGGCAUGAUGGUCUACGUAUUCAACUGCUCCGAGCAGAUGGACUACAAGUCAUGCGGCAAUAUCUACAAGGGCCUUGCACAGACGGGCGCUUGGGGCUGCUUUGACGAGUUCAACAGAAUAUCGGUGGAGGUGCUCUCCGUGGUGGCGGUCCAGGUGAAGUGUGUACAGGAUGCUAUUCGGAAUCGCAAAAAGGUAUUCGAUUUCAUGGGAGAGUCCAUCCGCCUGACUUCGACAGUUGGGAUCUUCAUCACCAUGAACCCUGGCUACGCCGGUCGCACCGAACUUCCAGAGAACCUCAAAGUUCUCUUUAGGCCGUGUGCCAUGGUGGUGCCAGACCUCGAACUCAUCUGCGAGAUCAUGCUAGUGGCCGAGGGCUUCAUCGAGGCCAAAGUUCUGGCCAGAAAGUUCAUCACCCUCUACCGUCUCUGUAGCGAAUUGCUCUCCAAACAGAGCCACUAUGACUGGGGUCUGAGGGCCAUCAAGAGUCUUCUGGUGGUAGCUGGCUCCCUCAAGCGGGACGACCCAGAGCGGCCGGAGGACCAGGUGCUGAUGCGGGCUCUCCGGGACUACAAUGUGCCCAAGAUUGUCACCGACGAUGUUCCCGUCUUCAUGGGCCUAAUCGGAGACCUCUUCCCUGCCUUGGAUGUCCCUCGCAAGAAAGAUCUCGACUUUGAGAAGGCCGUUAAAGAGGCUGCGGUAGACCUGAAGCUGCAACCAGAGGAUAGUUUCAUUCUUAAGGUGCGGGAGAUAUUUGGAUUUGCAUUAGUUUGAGAUAAGAACUCGUGUUUUAGAUGGUUUUUGCAACUAUAUUUGAAUAUAGUUUUGGUCAGUGCGUAGA